AUGGGGAAUUGCCAAGCGUCUGAGGCGGUGGCGGUGGUGAUUCAGCACCCCGGAGGGAAGGCGGAGAGGCUUUACUGCCCGACGAGCGCCGCCAACGUGAUGAAGAGCAACCCGGGGAACUACGUGGCCCUGGUGACGCUUAAUGUCUCGGAGACGAAGCAGGACGGCGACACCGUGAAGUUCACCCGGGUGCGACUACAGAAGCCCAAGGAGGUGUUGUUGCUCGGCCAGGUCUUUAAUCGCUUAACCUAA